AUGAACAUCACACGCCACCAUGGCAUGCACCAGCCUCUGCGCUUCUGGAACCACAGCUAUGGAUUGCAUGGUGGUGCCAAUGAGUCAAGUGGAAAAGGUUACUCCUCUGGGGGGUGUUAUGAGCAACUUUUUGUGGCCCCGGAAGUGUUUGUGACUCUGGGCUUCAUAAGUUUAUUGGAGAACAUUUUGGUCAUUGUGGCAAUAGCCAAGAACAAGAAUCUGCAUUCACCUAUGUACUUUUUCAUCUGUAGUCUGGCAGUGGCUGACAUGCUAGUGAGUCUGUCAAAUGGAUCAGAAACCAUUGUAAUCACCCUGUUAAACAAUACAGACACUGGUGCACAAAGUUUCACCGUAAACAUUGACAAUGUCAUUGACUCGGUGAUUUGCAGUUCCUUACUUGCAUCCAUUUGCAGCCUGCUUUCAAUAGCUGUGGACAGGUAUUUUACCAUCUUUUAUGCUCUCCAGUACCAUAACAUUAUGACAGUGAAGCGUGUAGGGAUCAUCAUAACAUGCAUCUGGGCUGCUUGCACGGUUUCAGGCAUUUUGUUCAUCAUUUACUCAGACAGCAGCGUUGUCAUCAUCUGUCUUAUCAGCAUGUUCUUCACCAUGCUAGUUCUCAUGGCCUCCCUCUAUGUCCACAUGUUCAUGCUGGCCCGACUGCAUAUCAAAAAGAUUGCAGUUCUUCCAGGGACGGGCACCAUUCGUCAAGGUGCCAACAUGAAGGGGGCCAUCACUUUGACCAUCUUGAUAGGGGUUUUUGUUGUGUGCUGGGCCCCAUUUUUCCUCCACUUGAUUUUCUACAUCUCCUGCCCCCACAACCCAUAUUGUGUAUGUUUCAUGUCCCACUUUAACUUGUACCUCAUUCUCAUCAUGUGCAAUUCCAUCAUUGAUCCCCUUAUCUACGCAUUCCGGAGUCAAGAGCUCAGGAAAACCUUCAAGGAGAUCAUUUGCUGCUGUUGUCUGCGAGGGCUUUGUGACUUGUCUAACAAAUAUUAA